UUUUACUUGUUGGCAUUUGUUCUAAGAGCGAAAUUAAUCCAACGAAGCAAUGCCACUGGCUGGGCCACCUGAGAAAUAACUAUUAUAUCUGAGCUGAAAGGAGACGAGGGCUAAAAAUGGCAUUCCUGGGCGACUGUGUGAUUGUAUUUGUGUCGCAGAUGCUGUUUUUUGCCGGAGGAUGGAUGUUUUUCAACAAGGAACUCUUCAAGCACUAUGAAAUUCGCCACAUAUCCGUUCAGCUGAUCUUCUCAUCCACCUUCGCCUUGUCGGUGACCAUGUUUGAGUUGAUUAUAUUCGAGAUCAUCGGCGUUCUAGAGUCGAGUUCCCGGUACUUCCAUUGGCGCUUGGGUCUCACGUUGCUACUGUUUAUGGUGACGGCUGUGAUACCGAUCUAUAUCUGCCACUCUGUGAUACACAGCAUUUCCUUUUUUUCCGACAAAUUGGUGAGAAUAUUGACGACAAUCUGCUGGUUUGUCUUUCUCUAUGGCCUCUGGCGUAUUGGUGAACCAUUUCCUCUGCUUAGUGCAUCCCACGGCAUAUUUACCAUUGAGCAGGGCGUUUCCCGGAUCAGUGUCAUUGGUGUCACUGUAAUGGCCAUACUGUCUGGAUUUGGUGCCGUGAACUAUCCUUACACCAGCAUGACCUACUUUAUCAAGCCCGUUUCCCGUAAUGACAUCAUCUGUUUCGAACGUCGAUUGGCUUUGACGGUGGAUAUGCUGACGGGCAAGAAGCGACGCAUUGCUAUGGCUGCCUAUAACCAUAAUAAACAGCAUAGCACAAAGCCCAGAAUCUGGGAGAUGAUAACGUCGGCAGUGCACCGCACAAACAGCGGCGAAGACAUCAACCAACUAAAGCAAGAAGUCUACGGCUUGGAGGAGCUACUGCGCUCCGUCUUCCUGGAGUUGAAUUCACUGAAAAAUAUGGAAGAGCGUCAGCGUUGGUCGGAAACGCUGAAGGGAAAGUACUUUAAUGUGAUUGGACACUUUUUCAGUGUCUACUGCGUCUAUAAGAUAUUUAUGUGUUGCAUCAAUAUCAUAUUCGACAGAGUGGGUCGCAAGGAUCCCGUCACCCGUGGCCUGGAGAUAGCCAUCCAUUGGUGCGGCUUUGACAUAGACUUUGCCUUUUGGAACCAGCACAUUUCGUUUUGGCUGGUUGGCUGCAUCGUGAUCACCUCCAUACGUGGCCUUUUGCUAACCCUCACUAAGUUCUUUUAUCGCAUUUCAUCGAGUAAGUCGAGCAACAUCAUCGUACUGAUCCUCGGGCAGAUCAUGGGCAUGUAUUUCUGCUCCUCGGUGCUGCUGAUGCGCAUGAAUAUGCCAGCCGAGUAUCGGGUGAUCAUCACCGAGGUUCUCGGCAAUCUACACUUUAACUUCUAUCAUCGUUGGUUCGAUGUCAUAUUCCUGGUCAGCGCCCUGACUACCACCGUUGUGUUAUAUCUGUCUCGGAAGCCAGUUCCUUCGGAUGACGCCGACUUGCACUGAGAGAGGAGAGACAGAUAGUCUCUCUAUUAGGUUAAGGAGAAUUGUCUUAGAAUAAUUUAGUAUAACUACGGCAAUCUGAAAGUUGUUUAAAUCAAUGUAUAUACCAGUGUAUACCAAUGUAUAUAUUUAAUGAACUUUUAUGUAACUAUCUAACUUCACAAUCAAUGCACAAAAAUCAAAGUUA